AUGAGCUCGCGGCCCGUCAUCCGGCCCCUGACGUCAACAAAGGAUGCACCCAAGCUUAAUGGCGGCGGCGCGUCGGACAACAGCCUCUCCAAGCACAGCCGCCGUUUCUCGUUCCACCGAUCUGCAGGCACCACCCGGUCAAACAGCCCCCCUUCGCCGGACGACACCCCUCUCGAAAUGACCCCCUCCGUGGGCAGAACCUCCCAGUCUUCCAAACGUGUGUCCAUGCCCGCGGCCGACGACUUUUUCAACAAUGCGCAGCGCAAGUCCCGCGCGCACACUGGCUUCUCGCUUCGUGGCCGAGUGGUCAACUUUGCGUCGUCGCAUGCCAGCACCCCGAAACAGGAGUCUCCACGGCCUCGCGCCCGCAGCGUCGAGCGCCACAAGGUCCAGAAGGAAGGGCAGCCAGGCCAGGUCAAGCAGGACCUCAUCCGCCAGCCAUGGGCCAUCGCGCCAGAUGCAGGAACUGGCAUGAAGGCGAGACGAUUGAGUCUCAGCCUGCCGGAUGACUUCACUGUCGAUAUCGCCGAGCUUGGCAAGGAGUUUGAGUACCAACACAAGAUCCUCGGCCGCCACCGCAAGCAUGUCGGAAAGGGUGCCACCUCGAAGGUUACCCUCAUGGUCCGCAAGGGUUGCCCAACUGAGCUCUACGCCGUCAAGGAAUUCCGCGCCAAGAGCAGUUCGGAAACCACGGAGGACUACGAGAACAAGAUCAAGUCCGAGUAUAGCAUCGCCAAGAGCCUGCACCACCCCAAUAUUGUCGAGACGAUCCGCCUCUGCACAGACCAUGGCCGCUGGAACCACGUCAUGGAGUAUGCUUCCGAGGGCGACCUCUUCACCCUCGUGUCCAAGAAGUACCUCAAGGAGGACGGCCGCGAAACCGAUCGCCUGUGCCUCUUCAAGCAGCUCUGCCAAGGCGUCAACUACCUGCACAGCCACGGCAUCGCACACCGAGACAUCAAGCUGGAGAACCUGCUCAUUACCAAGGACAGCAAGCUGAAGAUUACGGAUUUUGGUGUUUCAGAAGUCUUUUCUGGCGUCCACCCUGGACUGAGAGAGGCUGGUGGCCAGUGCGGCGUCAACAUGGGCGAAGUUCGCCUAUGCAGCCCCGGAAUCUGCGGCAGUCUGCCAUACAUUGCCCCCGAGGUGCUGGCCAAGAAGGGCGAGUAUGACCCCCGUCCAUUGGACGUGUGGAGUUCUGCGAUCGUCAUGAUCUACCUGACGUUCAAUGCCUGUCUCUGGGACAAGGCUGAGAUCCCCAACACAGCGACGUACGAGAAGCUUGUCAGUGGCUGGAGAGGGCUCGACGCGAAAAAGGCCGAGAACCCCGACUUCGAGGCACACUAUCCUUCAGUGCCGGCCUUUGAGCUAUUUGUCAAGCCCGUCGCGCUCAGGCGUCUUCUCCUCAACAUGCUGCACCCCAACCCGGAAAAGCGCAUGACCAUGGAGCAGGUCGUCUCGUCAAGGUGGAUGAAGGGUGUUGAGUGCUGUCAGCUCGAGAGCUACGAGGACCCGACCAAGACUAUUGACGCGUCCAAGAAGGGAUGCAUGAAGAACGGCACCGGCAGCAAAAUCUUCUGCCACAACCACCUGCCACCGCAGGCUACCAGCCACGGCCUCCCCCCUAUGCCUGGCAAGCCGGGAUACUAG